GGCCAGGAGGACCAGGAGCACAUCUUCAUCCAAGCAUCCAUUCCACAACUGCCCACCAUCGUCUGCGCACCGCCGACACCAGGCGUGUUCAUCCACGGCUCGCUCUCCUGCCUCGGAUCGGAUUAUUUUUGUCUUUGUCGCAUUUAUAUUCUCGGAGAUGGUUUUGUGUUUUCAUCGCGUCUUGUGAGGAAAAAAAACACACUGAAGACGCGGAGCAUCAUCCUUACAGCGCAGUUAUAGCCUCAUCUGCAGUGGCCAUCAGGAGACAGAGAGCUGAGAUCUAGUCGAGGUGAUCGUUAUCCCCUCUGAGAGCUGCCCACAGGACAAUUCUCUCCCAGGCUUUAGAUGCCCAGCGGCAGCCUGUAGCCAGGGACUCCCAGCAGACGCACAGAGGCUUUGAGCCCCUCAGGAUCUCCCCUGGCAGACCCUCUUCUGACCCAGUGCGGCUAAAGCCCCUGGACACCUACCCCCAGUCACCAUGGGAACCGUGCUGUCUUUGUCACCCAGCUACCGAAAGGCGGCUCUCUUUGAGGAUGGGCCGGCCACCGUGGGCCACUACACAGCUGUCCAGAACAGCAAGAACGCCAAAGACAAGAACCUGAAGCGCCACUCGCUCAUCAACGUGCUCCCGUGGAAGCGGAUUGUAGCGGUGUCAGCUAAGAAGAAAGGCUCCAAGAAGGUACAGCCCAACGGCACCUACCAGAACAAUGUCACCCACCUGAACAAUGAGAACCUGAAGAAGUCGCAGUCAUGCGCCAACCUGUCCACCUUCACCCAGGAUCAGAGCACUCCGGCUCUCACCAAGAGCUCCAACAACACAGCAUCGUCCGUCAAGAAGGCCCCUCUGACCAACUCCAGUGUGGCCCCAGGGACCCCUAAGAGAGUGAUCGUCCAGGCCUCUACCAGUGAGCUGCUGCGCUGCCUCGGGGAGUUUCUGUGCCGGCGUUGCUACCGGCUGAAACACCUGUCACCCACUGACCCAGUGCUGUGGCUGCGCAGCGUGGACCGCUCCCUGUUGCUGCAGGGCUGGCAGGACCAGGGCUUCAUCACCCCUGCAAACGUGGUCUUUGUCUACAUGCUGUGCCGCGACGUGGUCUCCUCUGAGGUGGCCACGGAGCACGAGCUGCAGGCCGUGCUGCUCACCUGCCUCUACCUGUCUUACUCCUACAUGGGCAACGAGAUCUCCUACCCUCUCAAGCCCUUCUUAGUGGAGAGCUCCAAGGAGACCUUCUGGGACCGCUGCCUGUCCAUCAUCAACCUGAUGAGCGCCAAGAUGCUCCAGAUCAACUCUGACCCGCACUACUUCACUCAGGUGUUCGCGGACCUGAAGAACGAGAGCCAGAAGGAGGAGGAGAGGAGCCGCCUGCUCAUUGGCCUGGACCGGAGAGUGAGGGCCAUCGCCUGACUGGCUGACUUCAUGCAUCACGGAUGAACAGGCACCUCCAGCUGCAAACCCUGGCUCUUUGGGAUGCCAUCACCACGUCCCCUCCAUUAAUACGGAUACCACUGGACAUUUUUUUGCUGCGAUGCAUAUCUGAAAGAACAGCAGGGGCCAUCAAUGCUGGAUCCAUAUUUUUGUGGGUUUCUGUUUGUGGCUCUGCAACAGGACUUAAGGGAAGAGCGGAUGGACAAUAAGCAAACAUUGUGGGACUUUUGAUCAGGAGGACAACAGCCAGAGGACGUGUGGCUGAUGAUGAGUGGUCAUACUGUGUGUUCAGAAAGACCUACUUUAUUUUCAUCUAGACAAAAAAAUAAAACAAGUUAAUGGAUGUUUUACUCCCCAGAGGCUUACACCUAUGGAGGCUUAUUUAUUGCUUUUCUGGAACAAGUUUUCUUUGAUUUCUUUCUUUUUUUACUUAGAAAUGUAAUGUUUUGCACGUGUGCCAUGCAAUUUUUUUCCGGGAAGGAAGGAACAACUAUUACUUUUCUUCUUUUUACUUGAUUUGUAAACCAACUGCAUCUGCAUUAGAGAAUGCUGUGAACAAAGUGACACUAGUUUAUUUAGCUAUGCUUGCUAAAAUAGGCUAUUUGUUUACCAGGGAAAAGUUCUUUUUGUACUUUUUGUCGAUUUUUUGGAAUGAUGUUUGAUUUCGUGCUUAUGAUUCAGCGUAGAAAAUGUUAAAAAAAAACAAACAAAAAAAACAGUGCCAUAUCUUCAAUGAAAAUCCCACAGGUCUGAGAACACUCUGAAAUACUGUACUGUUUGUCCAGCUGUUUGGUGAAUGGUGGGAUGGAUUUUCAUUUACUACUAACUACUUACUGACACCUAAUUUAUUGCCAUUUACGUAUUUAUUUAGGCACAUUUAAUGUAAAUGAGAGAUCGUUGAUGAUGAGAGUAAAAAGGGAAGGACACGAGGAGGGGCUUCGCUGGUGUAGCAGGUGUGCUUAUCUUUGGUGGGAAUGAAGAUUGAUCUGGUUUAUGCAAA